AUGAUGCUCCGCGUAUGGAAGCUAUCAGGUGAAGAGCUUGCUGCCAUAGAAAAGGAAAGAUUCGGUGGUGAGAGGACAGUGAAAGAGCUGAAACAUCUUCUUCAGCAGGUUCAUGGUUUCCCUGUAUGCAUGCAGCAGCUCGUGCGGGACGGUGCUACAUUGGAUGAUAUUGCCGAGCUCGAAUUUCCCGGUCAUCUGCAGUUGGUUCUGCUGCCUGCCACCGGUGCCCUCACGCCUAUGGUUGAAAGCGCAUUCUACGAUGCAUGUGCGCGAGAGCAAGUUGAGGCGGUGCGUUCGAUACUUCAGACUGGUGUCCGGCCAUGCAGGAUGAGAGACACACUCAUGUCUGCGUGCCUGAACAAUCGCGUUGAGAUUGCUCGUUUGAUUGUGGAAGCUGAUCCGACUACUAGCGAUUAUCGAGCAUGGCGGGGUGGCCAAACAGCUUUGCUUGAAGCAGCGCACAAAGGCAACGAUGAGAUCGUGCGUCUGCUGUUGGAAGCUGGUGCCAGCAAAGACUUGACCAAUGACCGUGGGCAGACAGCUCUCAUUCGUUCAUGUGAGAGAGGCCACCUCGAGGUCACACGCAUCCUUCUGAAGGCUGGUGCCGAAACUGGGCUUUGGAGUACCAUACUUUAA